CCAGCGUACGGAUAGGAGUAACUUACAUGUUACAAAGGGAAGCCCCAUUUACUGCAGCUCAGCAAGCAAACAUGAAGAAAGGGAACUAAGCUUUGGUUUGGAUCAGCUCCCGAUUUAUAUCUUGUAUGACAAAGUGAAACUAUUUCACAUUCACUGUCUCUUCGAAGUGAAAUGGCGCAGCAACAGAAACUCAUGGAUCAGAAAAAACUCUGCUGUUCGAUCUGUCUGGAGCUACUGAAGGAUCCGGUGACUAUUCCCUGUGGGCACAACUACUGCAUGCGUUGCAUUAAAAGCCACUGGGAUGAAGAGGAUCACAAAGAAAUCCACAGCUGUCCUCAGUGCAGACAGACCUUCAGACCGAGGCCUGCCCUGGUGAAAAACACCAUGUUAGUAGAUUUAGUGGAGGAGCUGAAGAAGACAGGAUUCCAAGCUGCUCCAGCGGAUCACUGCUACGCCGGGGCUGGAGAUGUGGCCUGUGAUGUCUGCACUGGGAGAAAACUGAAAGCUCUCAAGUCCUGUCUGCAGUGUCUGGUCUCUUACUGCGAGCAGCACCUCCAGCCUCACUAUGAAUCCCCCGCCUUUGAAAAACACAAGCUGGUGGACCCGUCCAAAGAGCUUCAGGAGAACAUCUGCUCUCAACAUGGUAAAGUGAUGAAGAUUUUCUGCCGUACUGAUCAGCAGUGUAUCUGUUAUCUGUGCUCCAUGGACGAGCAUAAGGACCACAACAUUGUCUUAGCCUCAGCAGAACGGACUGGGAGGCAGAUAGAGCUCGGAACGAGUCGACAAAGAAUCCAGCAGAGAAUCCAAGACAUAGAGAAAGAAGUGAAGGCGCUUCAGCAUGAAGUGGAGGCUAUCAAUCACUCUGCUGAUAAAGCAGUGCAGGGCAGCCAGAAGAUCUUCACUCAGUUGGUACGUCUUAUUAGGAAUAGAAGUUCUGAUGUGAAGCAGCAGAUCAGAUCCCGGCAGAAAACUGAAGUGAGUCGGGCCAAAGACCUUCAGGAGAAGCUGCAGCAGGAGAUGUCCAAACUAAGGAGGAAAGAUGCUGAGCUGGAGCGGCUCUCACACACAGAGGACCACAUCCAGUUUCUACACAAUUACCCCUCGUUGUCAUGUCCUUGUGAAUUUACAGACUCACCCAGCAUCAAAGUCCAUCCUCAGCUAUACUUUGAGGAUGUGACAGUAGCUGUGUCAGAGGCUGGAGAUAAGCUACAGGACAUUCUUAGUGAGGCAUGGACCAAGAUCUCACUGACAGAGACCAGAGUGGAUGUUUUCCUGCCACAAGCAGAGCCCAAGACCAGAGCUGAAUUCUUACAAUAUUCAUGUCAAAUCACACUGGAUCCAAACUCAGCACACAGACAGCUGCUAUUAUCUGAAGGGAACAGAAAAGCAACAGUGACAAGUGAAAAACUGUUAUAUCCUAGUAAUCAAGACAGAUUUACUGACAUGUUUCAGGUCCUGAGUAGAGAGAGUCUGAGCGGACGUCACUACUGGGAGGUGCAGAAGAGCAGAUGUGAAGUUUCAAUAGCAGUUACAUACCAGGAUAUCAGCAGAACAGGAUAUGAGAGUGGAUUUGGAAAUGACGACAAGUCUUGGACAUUAGAGUGUUUUAACAACAAUUAUGCAUUUAGACAUAACAGCAUUGGCACUUUUAUCUCAGGCCUCCAGUCCUCCAAAAUAGGAGUGUACCUGGAUCACAUGGCAGGUAUUCUGUCCUUCUACAGCGUCUCUGAAACCAUGACUCUCCUCCACAGAGUCCAGACCACAUUCACUCAGCCACUGUGUCCUGGACUUGGUGUUUUCGGUUCACAAAGUAACGGACCUGCGGCUGAACUCUGUAAGCUUGAGUAGAUAGAAGAUGCAGGGCCAGAUAUCUUGUUCUUAAAUUUACUUUCAGAAGAGAUAUUGUUUUGUCUUUUUUAUUUGAUCUGAGGAUGUAGUUUGUUAUCUGAUUCAGGACCAUUACCUAAACAUAAAGCCAUACAAACACAUCUUUUAACAUUAUUAUGGUUUUGGUUCAUGAGUUUGGAUUUAUGAGUAAUGGGAGUGUUUUUGAAGAACCUGGUCGCUGUCUUUCUCUGCCAUGUUUGCUUUGGAAAUGUGGGUUUAAUAAUGUUUAGUUCCAGUAGAAAAAUAUAAUAUCACCAAUUAAUGUAGGGAUGCAUUUACAGUCAGUUAAGACACAGUUACAGUAAAGAUGUGAUGUAGGUUUUAUACUCCAUUAAUGAAGGUUCAGUGUUGCUGUCUUUCUUCACACUACUUUACUUUUUUUUUUACUACAUUCCAAAAGCAUUAGCUUUUCAGUUGCACAGUGAUAAAAAUUGCUCUCAUCAAAUCAUUUUACAUGUUUAACUAUUCACCCUUACUUAUAUGUACCUUUAUUAUUUGAACAUUUGCACCUUCCUUUUGUAUUAAAGUAACUUUUUGUGAUUUAGUUUUUAUAUAAACCUGGUAUAUGAUCAUUGUGUACAAUUAUCAUGAAAAGCAUUUUACAAAUAAACUUACUAAUGUCCA